AUGGAUAUUAUGGAGUUGUUUCUGAAAUUAGCGACAAUUCUAACUGCUACGGAAGCAUUUAUCGAUCAUGAUUAUGACUCCGUCGAAGAGGAAAGGUCUGUGGAUCUCUCACAUUCAACAGAUUUGGCGAGACCUGCACGCUACAGGAAUUGCACACGCGACACCGAUAUCAUCGACAAAUUGCUCAACGGCACAGGCUAUAAAAAGUUUAGGAUACCGCAAGACGAGGGAAUGAGUGUCUCUGUAGAAAUUUGGAUACAGGCAAUCAAUUCAAUAGAUGAGCUAACCAACGACUUUGACAUGGAUAUCUACAUCACAGAAAGAUGGCUAGAUCCCGCGUUGAACUUUGAAAACCUUUCACCUUGUAAAGGAAAUUUAUCGCUUAACCAUCAAGUGCUGGAUCGACUAUGGACUCCAAACAGCUGUUUCGUAAACAGCAAAACUGCUCAUAUACAUACAUCGCCUUUCAAAAGUGUAUUUCUCAUGUUGUUUCCCAAUGGCAGUGUAAUGGUGAAUUAUCGAGUGCGAGUAAAAGGUCCAUGUACAAUGGAGCUCAGCAAUUUUCCUCUCGAUCUGCAGAGGUGCUUACUCAUUUAUGAAAGCUUCAAUUACAAUAACCAGGAAGUUCGCAUGCGUUGGUUGGAAGUCGAGCAGCCAGUUCGUCCAAUGGAACAAGUUGUACUGCCAGACUUCGACCUCUUUAAGAUUUCAGCGUAUAGAAUAGAAGAGCCUUAUCCGGCCGGAAUGUGGGAUGAAUUACACAUGCACAUAAUGUUUGAACGACGAUUUAUUUGGUAUUUCAUGCAAGCAUACCUUCCUACUUAUCUUACCAUUUUCAUCAGGCAAGCAGCAAGCACGACAAAGAACUCAAGCAAUGCCAGCGCGGACGAUGCUCGGAGUAAACGCACUUAUGGCUAUGUUUUUCCAGUUUGGCAACAUCAUGAAGAAUCUUCCGCGGGUGUCCUACAUCAAAGCCAUAGAUGUGUGGAUGUUGGCGUCAAUGACGUUUAUCUUCUGCAGUCUUCUCGAGCUAGCCGUCAUUGGCUACAAAAAGAUUUGAAAAUCGGUGGUGUAUCCGAAAACAGGGCUACCACAUCUCAGGUUCUCUCUGGGACUGUACCCGCCUGGUUGCAGGGAGGUGUAGCUAGCUAG